CAACGAAGACAUUACUUGUUGUAUCUACUAUCCAGUAUCUACUACAACUAUCCAGUUGUACAUUGUGGUUAAAUAUCAGUACGUUUUAGUAACAAGAAGAAAGAUCUAUUUGGCUUAUCCGCUUAUUCUCCAUGGCUCUUCGAGCAGCUUCUCUUCUUCCAUCUGCAAUUUCUGUUCACAAGGAGGGGAAGUUGAAUUCUUCUCUUAAGGAGAGUUCAUUCAAUGGAGCUUUCGUCUCAAAGAAUGUCAAAUCUGAUUUCAAUUCUCUUGUAAUCGGAACAAAGGAGCUUAGAAGGAAAUCAUCAUUUGGACCAAUUCGAGCUCAAACGGCGACAGUAGCUCCGUCGGUAAACGACGCCGUAGCAGACGGCAAGAAAACACUCAGGAAAGGCAACGUAAUUAUUACCGGAGCUUCAUCUGGUUUAGGUCUAGCCACCGCAAAAGCUUUAGCCGAUACUGAAAAAUGGCACAUAAUCAUGGCUUGCCGGAACUUUUUGAAAGCCGAGAGGGCCGCUAAAUCGGUCGGAAUUACUAAAGAAAACUACACCGUUAUGCACCUCGACCUUUCUUCCCUCGAAAGCGUUCGCCAAUUUGUUGACACAUUCAGGCGCUCCGGUCGACCCCUUGAUGCACUUGUCUGCAACGCCGCCGUGUAUUUGCCCACCGCUAAAGAACCCACUUACACCGCCGACGGAUUUGAACUUAGCGUCGGUACUAACCAUCUUGGCCAUUUUCUCCUCGCACGAUUGUUGCUUGAUGACCUCAAGAAAUCCGAUUCCCCCCAAAAGCGUCUCAUCAUCGUUGGCUCUAUUACAGGAAACACGAACACUUUGGCCGGAAACGUGCCACCGAAGGCUAACCUAGGGGACCUGAGAGGGUUAGCCGGCGGGUUGAACGGGCUGAACAGUUCCGCCAUGAUCGACGGUGGAGAGUUCGAUGGUGCUAAAGCUUACAAAGAUAGCAAAGUCUGCAACAUGCUGACGAUGCAAGAGUUUCACAGACGAUACCAUGAAGAGGCCGGAGUUACUUUUUCAUCCCUGUACCCUGGUUGUAUAGCUACCACCGGUUUAUUCAGGGAACACAUCCCCUUGUUUCGACUUUUAUUCCCGCCUUUUCAGAAGUAUAUCACUAAAGGAUAUGUGUCUGAAGAAGAAGCAGGAAAACGGCUAGCCCAGGUGGUAAGUGAUUCGAGCUUAACGAAAUCGGGUGUGUAUUGGAGCUGGAAUAAGAACUCUGCUUCAUUUGAAAACCAGCUCUCGCAAGAAGCCAGUGAUGCUGAGAAAGCUAGGAAGCUGUGGGAGGUUAGUGAAAAGCUAGUUGGUUUGGCUUAGAUUCAAACGACAACAAGAAAGUCAUAGUCAAAGUCAAACUCACGAAAGUCAAAUUCUAUGGAAUUUUGAUGAGUUUAUACUUUAAUGUGUGAAACUUAAAUAUGACAAUUUAUUUGUAUUCGCCUAUUCGGCACACAUAGUUUUGUGGGGAGUAUAAUGGUGUAUUGGUGUAACCUUGAUAUGGUGCAAGCCGAAUUAUAAUUCGAACUAGUCAAAUUGAUGCAA